GCCAGGGUCGGCGGCGGACGGGGCGGGGCGGAGCCUCCUCCUGCACGGGGGAGCCCCCGGGCUCGCCCCAGCUCAGGCACUCCUAUCCUUGGGGCAGCUGCCGGACGAGUCCGCGGAGAAGCGGCUAGCGGGCGAUGGAGACAGAGAGACACCCGACGAGAGGAGGCGGGGUGGGGGAGGCGGGGAGAGUGCGGGGGCGGAGGCUGGCAGGGGGCGCUGGAAGCUGGAGCGGACCGUGCGCUCCCCGCGCCCGAGGGUGCAGGAGGCUCUGAAGCGGCGGCUGCACCGCGGGGCCCAGGCGGCGGCUGGGGGGCUGGGGGGCGCUGCCGCCGCCGGGGGCGUCGCUGGCCUCGGCCCCUUUGUUCUCGCGCGCUCCCCCUCGCCGCCCACUCCCCUGCUGUCGCGCGGCGGCGGCGGUGGCGGCGGCGGCGGCGGCUCCUCCCGCCCGAGGCAGUCGGGCUUGGCGCCGGGGGCGGGAGGGGGCGGGGGGAGCGCGCCAGCCGCCGAGAGUGGGGGGCGAUGGCGAAGCUCCGGGUGGCUUACGAGUACACGGAAGCCGAGGACAAGAGCAUCCGGCUCGGCUUGUUUCUCAUCAUCUCCGGCGUCGUGUCGCUGUUCAUCUUCGGCUUCUGCUGGCUGAGUCCCGCGCUGCAGGAUCUGCAAGCCACGGAGGCCAACUGCACGGUGCUGUCGGUGCAGCAGAUCGGCGAGGUGUUCGAGUGCACCUUCACCUGUGGCGCCGACUGCAGGGGCACCUCACAGUACCCCUGCGUCCAGGUCUACGUGAACAACUCUGAGUCCAACUCUAGGGCGCUGCUGCACAGCGACGAGCACCAGCUCCUGACCAACCCCAAGUGCUCCUAUAUCCCUCCCUGUAAGAGAGAAAAUCAGAAGAAUUUGGAAAGUGUCAUGAAUUGGCAACAGUACUGGAAAGAUGAGAUUGGUUCCCAGCCAUUUACUUGCUAUUUUAAUCAACAUCAAAGACCAGACGACGUGCUUCUGCAUCGCACUCAUGAUGAGAUUGUCCUCCUGCAUUGCUUCCUCUGGCCCCUGGUGACAUUUGUGGUGGGCGUUCUCAUUGUGGUCCUGACCAUCUGUGCCAAGAGCUUGGCGGUCAAGGCGGAAGCCAUGAAGAAGCGCAAGUUCUCUUAAAGGGGGAGGAGGCUUGUGGAAAGCAAAGCACAGAAGCUGUACUCAUCGGCACGCGUCCACCUGCGGAACCCGUGUUUCCUGGCGCAGGAGAUGGACAGGGCCACGACAGGGCUCUGAGAGGCUCAUCCCUCAGUGGCAACAGAAACAGGCACAACUGGAAGACUUAGAACCUCAAAGCUUGUAUUCCAUCUGCUGUAGCAGUGGCUAAAGGGUCAAGCUCUUAGCUGUAUGGAGUAACUAUUUCAGAAAACCCUAUAAGAAGUUCAUUUUCUUUCGAAAGUAACAGUAUAUUAUUUGUACAGUGUAGUAUACAAACCAUUAUGAUUUAUGCUACUUAAAAAUAUUAAAAUAGAGUGAUCUGUGUUAUUUUCUAUUUCCUUUUUUAUGCUUAGAACACCAGGGUUUAAAAAAAAGAAAAGGUGAGGACAUCUGGGUUUCAUUUGCUUCUGCUAGGUUAAACUUUUACUUGACAACAAGGAUUCCUGCUGAAGUCUGAACCUUACUGUGUAACCCUCAGUUUCCACUAUUAAAGAGUAUCUUUUGACGUCUGCUUGGAAAACGAAUAGUACACUGGUAACUCAGUCUCCAGUCACCUCUGUGUCUCUUAAGCAAGACAUUCUAAAAGAUUGGGAAAACAUCCUCCAACACCUGCCUUUGCCUAACCAUUAUUUUUCACCAGAUAACUUCUUAAGAGAGGGAGGUGAUUCUGAAGAAGGUUUCUAUCUCAAAAAGCACUGGGCUUCUUUAUUCAUCUGUUCUUGUUGUUUUUGAUGGAUUUUUAAAAAUUUAUGUGCAAUACAAUAUACACGAUGUGAAGGACACUCUUCAGCUUAGUGAAAUGCUGUUUUCUUUUUUUUUUUUUUUGUAGGUCGGAAACAAACAUCAAAAUCAGUUCAAGCAUUUUGUUUUUUUUUUUCUUUGUCCUUGCCUUGAUGUUAUGAAUAUUAAAACAGGAGGAUUGCUGCCAUUGUUCAGUUUGCUUGGACAAACCUGGAGAUGCAACCCAGCUCACAUCAUUGCUACUGAUGAGCUUUCUGUGCCUUUAUCAAAAGUUUAUUGAGAAGACCAUAUUUCUUUGUAUCUGUUUAUAAACUCAAAUUCCAAGUAUCAAAUCGCAGGUCUCAGUGAACAUCAAACCUACUUACUACACAGAAUCAAACCUUUGUUUAGGUGAGAUGUACAUCAUUAGUGGAGGAACAACUGACAACAUAAUUUCGUUUUGUUUUCUUGUGAUACUCUUCAGACAUGCUUCUAUUAGAAUAAAGGUAAACUGGAAUGUAGACAAGUUCCCCUCAGUUAUUUCCAUGGGGCUGUAAAAUAUAUAUAUGGAAUGAUGGUUUCCUGACUUUUAGUCCACAUACCAAUGUUUUCUUUUUUUCUUUUUUUUUCUUUUUUCUUUUUUUUUUUUUUUUUGAGAUGGUGUCUCGCUCUGUCGCCAGGCUGGAGUGCAGUGGCGCGAUCUUGGCUCACUGCAAUCUCUGCCUCCUAGGUUCAAGUCAUUCCCCUGCCUCAGCCUCCCAAGUAACUGGGACUACAGGCAUGCACCACCACACCUGGUUAAUUUUUUGUAUUUUAGUAAAGAUGGGGUUUCACCAUGUUGGCCAGAAUGGUCUAGAUCUCCUGACCUUGUGAUCUGCCCACCUUGGCCUCCCAAAGUGCUGGGAUUAUAGGCCAGUGUUUUCUUAAUCUUAGAAUGUGAGUAACUGAAAAUCAUAGUCUGUGGAAAGGUGUUGAAUUGAGUAUAAUCUUCUGUUUAUUUUUGUGUUUUGUUUUUUAACAGAUGGGGGUCUUGCUGUGUUGCCCAGGAUGGAGUGCAGUAGCUACUCACAGGUGCGAUCAUAGCGCACUGCAGCCUCAAGCUCCUGGGCUCAAGCAAUCCUCCUGUCUCAGCCUCCCAAGUAUCUGGGGUCACUGAUGUGCACCACCAUGCUUGGCUCUAGUAAUUUUUUUUUCUAAUCCAAAAGUUACAGUUUCACUGUGAAAAAGGCCUUGAAUACGCUAUUUAUGACAUCUUUUGAGGCAGCUCCAGUGCCUUGACUUCAAUCCCAGUUUCCGGUUGCAGCAUCCUUGUUGUCUUAGCAACACAGUGAACUAUUCUGAAGCAUAGAGUAACACGAAACUGGAAGUCCAAGAAAUCAUCUCUGCAUCACAUUAUGGGAGAUGAAGUCUGCUUUAUCCAUUUUAUCUUUAUCCAGUUGUCUAUGAUUGAUUGAUUACAGAGUAGAGUAAAAUAGUGCAUGGAUAUACAU